CUGCUGCUCUUUAAUCUUCCAUUAGCAGUGGCAUAUGAUGUUUUUGCUUGUCAGUUCUGUUUUUCCUCUGUUUUCAGUAAAUUUAUCACUCAAAAAGAACCUUUUUCAUACGUUAACAAUAAAAUUUUAUUAAUUUAAUGCAAUUAAUAAGAUCGAGCAAGGCAACAUCAUAAAGAACAUAUAAAAUUGUUCAAGCAAUGAAAAAUGUGUUUAACAUGAACCUGCAUGAUUUAGUUCAGCCAAUAUGUCACGAGAUCAUUACUCUUUUUACCAAAAACUAAUGUAAUGAAAUAUAUAAAGUCGAUGUUUAUAUACUCAGAACUCCUCUUUAUCUAUCAAAAAUAAGAUUUCGUAACAAAUACGGUUAGAUAUUUUAUGAAAAUUAAUUAAGCAUUCCACACCAAUCAUCUGUUUAGAGAAAACCAAAAACGCAUUGACAACUCAAAAUUUACCUUUAGCCAACCUCCAAAAACGACAUAGUUCAUCAACCACACACUAAAAAUAGCAAAACUAGAUACCUGUUCUGCUUUUUUCACUACAAGAAGAAAGCACCACCCUGUUUCCCCUGUCCGAACCAACCGCAAAAACAAGAGGAAGAGAAUUUAGCUUGACUCAAUCUCCCAUUUUCUUCUCCCCUUAUAACCCUUUCAUCCCUAAACUUCGUAGGGUUUCACUCAGAACUCCCUCCCCCUCUCCCCUUGCCGCGUCGUCACCGCGCGGCAAACCCCCUCCCCUGCCUUUGGCCUUGCCUCUCAUCAUAAACUAACAAAAUAGAAAACAAAACAAAACAUCAAAAAAGAAAAGGUUUUAAAAAAAAGCAAAAGCAGGCAUGAAAAUGCCUUGGAUGAAACUCUUAUGUCUUGCAUUUCUCUGUAUCUCUUUAAGAAUUCAGCUCUGUUACGGCCAAGAUAACACCGAUGACUACAGUGAUCCGGUGGCGGCACCACCACCGGGCCAAGACAAUUGUAAUGGCGUAUUCUUGAGCUACGCUUUCACGUCAAGGAAUAAAGAGUAUCCCCACGUAAAGAACAUUACAGCUCAAUCAUGGGCGUUCAAGUCUAUAGCCACCAUAAUGAAUGCGGGAACAGAAGAGGUAAAGGGAUGGAAGAUGUUCGUAGGGUUUCAACAUAGGGAGAUAUUGGUGUCUGCAACGAACGCAGUCGUCAUAGACGGCAGCGGAGAUUUUCCGGUGGCUGUUGGGAAUGGAACAACCUUGUCAGGGUACCCCAUGUCGGACCUCAAGACGUCCAUCGACACUGCUGGGGAUUAUAACCAGAUUGCCGUGCAGGUUGAGUUCACCGGCACCAUGUUUGGGUUGAAAGAGAAGGUGAUUCCGAUGCCUAAGACGAUCAGGCUGGCAAACGAUGGCUGGAACUGCCCCCAGCCUACUAAACAUACCACGUACAUGCAUGUAUGUUGCAAAAAGAAUCCCAAAUUCAAGGCCAAGCCUGUGAGGGGCAAGUACUUGCCUAGGCAAUAUGGGGAUCUCAACUUCAUGUAUGAUGUUCUUCAAGCUUAUGAAGGUAGCUAUGUCGCCCAAGUAACCAUGGAUAACAACAGCCCCUUAAGCCGCCUUGAUCACUGGAACUUGACUUGGGAAUGGAUGAGAGGGGAGUUCAUUUACUCCAUGAGAGGAGCCUACACUCACAAAAUCGAUUACUCUGAUUGCAUCUAUGGCCUAGCAGGGCAAUACCUCAAGGACUUUGAUUUCAGUCAAGUCAUGAAUUGCCAGAAAAAGCCUGUGAUUGCUGAUCUACCAGCUGAUAGAGCGAAUGAUACCACGGUUGGCAAGAUUCCUUAUUGUUGCAGGAAUGGCACCCUCUUGCCACCCUUGAUGGAUGAAAGCAAAGCAAGGUCAAUUUUCCAAUUAAGGGUAUACAAAUUGCCUCCUGAUACCAGCAAGACUGCUUUGUAUCCACCACAAAGAUGGAACAUUACUGGGGUACUCAAUCCCCAAUACAAAUGUGGCCCUCCAAUUAGAGUUGAUCCAACAGAAUUUCCUGACACUACCGGGCUCCAGGCCACGACCAGUGCUAUUGCAAGUUGGCAAGUUGUCUGCAACAUUACCAAGCCAGAGAAGAAGAAAACCAAGUGCUGUGUUUCCUUCUCAGCUUACUACAACGAUUCUGCCAUUCCAUGCAGUACCUGUGCUUGCGGCUGUGAUAAUAUUGAUACGGAUACUUGCAACCCCAACGGGCGUUCGAUGCUUCUCCCAGCAGAUGCUCUACUUGUUCCUUUUGAAAACAGGACAGCAAAAGCUAAAGCCUUUGCCCAUCUCAAGCACAGGGCUGUUCCUAAAAAGUUGCCUUGCCCUGACAAUUGCGGAGUUAGUAUAAAUUGGCAUGUUAACUCUGAUUACAAGACCGGAUGGACAGCUCGGAUCACCCUGUUUAAUUGGGGAGAUUUGCCAUUUGAGGACUGGUUCGCUGCUGUUCAAAUGAACAAGGCUUUCCCGGGUUAUGAAAAUGUCUAUUCCUUCAAUGGAACAAAACUGCAAUCCGUUAAGAAUACCAUUUUUUUCCAGGGUUUGCCAGGUUUGAAUUACUUGGUGGCAGAGAGAAAUGGGACUAAACGACAUGAUCCGAGAGUCCCUGGAAAGCAACAAUCUGUGAUUUCAUUCACAAAGAAACAUACACCAGGAAUAAACAUUCGACAUGGCGAUGGAUUCCCUUCAAAGGUGUUCUUCAAUGGGGAAGAAUGUGCUCUUCCUGAUGAUUUUCCAAGGAGUGCAGGGCACAGCUCUCGCAUUUCCUCCUCGGCUGCUAUCUUCAUAGCUAUUCUGACUUUCUUGCUCAUGACAGACCGUUUCCAUUUAUGAUCUUUGAAGGGUCCUUUUUUUUUCUUGUAGUGUAUUAGCUUUGAAUUUGCUUGGCUUUCUUUCUGGGAAAAGAAAUAAUGCUGAUGUGACAUGGGUGGAUAGAGGAUGGAGAGCAAUGCGCAACUACAACUUGAAGAAGGCUUCUUCUGCUAUAAAUUUGAUCAUCAAGAAGUGCAGAGAUGAGGAGACUCUAACAAUUGUGAAAAACAGAAAAAUUUAUGAUAAUUUGUGCUUGAGCUGUACCGUAGAUAUUAUUUAUUGCCUGACAAGGCCUUUCCAAUGUAAUACUUCGGACAACCAUCUUUUGGCUUUCUGGUAUAUAGUAUUUUUUUUUUUACUGCAAAAGACAAAUUAGAACUUCCAUUUGGUCUCUUGAGCUGUUUUGUAAGAAUGUUUUAGGGAAGUUGAUGAA